AUCACCUUCGUUGUCUUUCAUUUCGCCAUUACCUUUACUCUUUCACACUCUUUUCUUUCUUCUUUCUUCGUUCUUCGUUCUUCUCUUUCUCUUCUAUCUCUUUCUCUGAUUUGAACUAAAUUAGGGUUUUCUUCUUCUUCUUCUUCCACCAUGGGGUCUAUCCCCGAUCCCGGCGAGUUAACCGAGUUGGCUCAACCCAGCUUCGAUGACUUCCAACGCCAAACCUCCCUUAUGACUAGCUGCACCCUCCUCUGGAAGGAACUCUCCGACCACUUCUCGUCUCUCGAGCAAGACCUUCUCAACAAAUCUGAAGCGCUUAAUCGGAAAAUUUGUUCUCUCGAUAACCAAACUAACGAGUCGCUUAAUGUUCUCCGUCACCGUGAAUCAACUCUCGACGACGCGCUUCAGAUCGCGCUUCGUGAUAUAGAUAAACGUACUGAAGCUGCUCUUGCUGCACUCACCCGUGUGAAAGAGGAUGUUGCUGAGGGUGAUGGCGACGGUGAGGUUGAUAAUGGUGAAGGAUUGAUGCUGAAAUUGAAGUCGUUUUGUUUGAACAUGGACGCGUUAGGGUUUUGGGGGUUUUUGAUAGGAAAGAAGAAGGAAUUGGAAGGUUUGAGAGCUGAGAUGCCGGAUGCGUUGGAGGAGUGUAUAGAUCCGGCGAAGUUUGUGCUUGAAGCUAUAUCGGAGGUUUUUCCGGUGGAUAAGAGAGGUGAUAAAGGAGGAAAUGAUCUCGGUUGGGCUUGUGUUCUGGUGUUGGAGUCUCUGGUUCCGGUGAUGGUGGACCCGGUGUUGAAAUCGAGGAUGCUGGUGACACCAUCUGUGAAGGAGCUUGCGAAGGAUAUUGCAGAGAAAUGGAAGGUGAGCUUGGAAGAACGCGGUGGUGUGGAGAAUGUGAAGACACCUGAUGUUCACACGUUCUUGCAGCAUCUUGUUACGUUUGGGAUUGUUAACAGUGAUGAUUUGCAAUUGUAUCGCAAACUUGUUAUUGCUUCUGCUUGGAGGAAACACAUGCCUAAGCUUGCACUUUCCCUUGGUCUCUCUAAUCAAAUGCCUGAUAUGAUUGAAGAGUUGAUCAGCAAGGGACAACAGCUUGAUGCUGUUCACUUCACAUUUGAAGUGGGUCUUGUGGACAAGUUCCCACCUGUUCCACUUCUCAAAUCUUUCUUGAAGGAUGCUAAGAAAGUCGCUGCGUCUAUUUUGGAAGAUCCUAAUAAUGCAGGGCGAGCAUCGUAUCUAGCUGCAAGAAAGGAGCAGUCUGCACUUAAGGCCGUGAUUAAAUGCAUAGAAGAAUACAAACUUGAGGCUGAAUUUCCUGCCGAGAGUUUGAAGAAGCGACUUGAACAGUUGGAGAAGGUCAAGCCUGAGAAAAGGAAACAAGUUGCUGUCCCUGCCAAUAAAAGAACAAGAGCAAGCAAUAGCAAUGGAGGCCAUAUGCCACCUGCCAAAGCUGGGCGUUUGACUAAUGCAUAUGUAUCAUCUUUCCCUGCUGCUCCUACAUUUGUUAGAUCUCCUUCACACGGGCAAUACCCAGCUGCUCUACCACCUUAUCCUUCACCACCCCACAUGUAUGGCAGCAGAAGUCCAUCCUAUGCUUAUUCACCAGAGCCAGCACCAGCUAUUGCAGCGUCUUAUCCAACUCCGCCCAUGAACUAUCCUGCUUAUGGUGGCUAUGGAAAUGUUUUGGCACCCACUUAUCAGCAGGCUUACUACCGAUAGAAAUGACUACACUUGGAAGAUGGUAACUACUGAUAUGAUGACCUUGAUCCCAUUUACUUUUGCAAUGUUGUUUGUAAUCACUAACCGUUUAACGGUAGCAGUUCUGUGUGUUAAUUAUAACUACUGUCUCACUUCCUGCUCUGCAUGGGUGGGGGGAGAAGUUGUAUGUCUAA